AAAGCAGAAAGUCAUGUGACACAGCAGCCGCAUGACAACUGAUAAGGAUGUUCCUCAAAAAAUGCUUUGAACGACAGAAAAGAUUAAUUAUAACUCGUUUUGCAAGGGAAAAAUGGUCCCAAACACGUUAGAACCUGGUAGUGGCGUUGUUCUAAUAGAAAAGCUGUGAAUGUGCUUGUGUGUGUGUGUGUGUGUGUGUGUGUGUGUGUGUGUGUGUGUGUGUGUGCACACACAAGCAUGUUUCCAGAAGGCUCAUUGUUUGUGACUCCAGUGCAGAGCUGACCAAAAUAGCAAUGUUUUUAGCAACUUGCUAAGAUAAAUUCUCAGAUUAAUUGCACACUGGGAACAAAUGGCAAGCACAAGGAAGAAGAAAGAAGCUAAUUCAGCAGCGUUUACAUUGUGUGUGGAGCCCGACAAUGACAGGCAGCAAGCUCAGGUUCCCGGUGUCAGAGUCGUGUCCCAGUCUAAAUGGCAAGGCUGGAUAAGGAAAAUAACUCUGCUAGUGCCCUACAUGUGGCCCCGGUCAAGCAUCCCGCUACAGGUUCUCGUGUUCCUGUGUAUCUGCCUCCUGGGCCUGGAGCGACUCAUCAACGUGCUAGUGCCUGUCUACAGCAAGAACAUAGUAAAUCAGUUAUCAGAAAAGGAGAGUUGGAGAAGCCUAGCAACCACUGUGUGUAUCUAUGUUCUUCUCAAGUUCCUACAGGGUGGGGGAGCAGGGACAUCAGGCUUUGUCAGUAACAUGCGUUCUUUCCUGUGGACGCGCGUUCAGCAGCACACCAGUCGCACAGUGCAGGUGGAGUUGUUUGCCCACCUGCAUGCCCUGUCUCUGCGCUGGCACCUGGGAAGAAAAACGGGUGACGUCCUGCGCAGCAUCGAUCGUGGCACGGCCUCCGUCAGCCACCUAUUAGACUACAUUGUAUUCACCAUGCUGCCAACUAUAGCUGACAUCAUCAUCGCCAUCAUUUAUUUUGUCUCUUAUUUUAACGCCUGGUUCGGUCUCAUCGUCUUUAUCUGCAUGUUCCUCUAUCUCACAUUGACUAUAAUCAUCACAGAGUGGAGAACCAAGUACAGACGUGAAAUGAACAUGCAGGAUAACAACGCCAAGUCUAAGGCAGUAGACUCACUUCUCAACUUUGAAACUGUAAAGUACUACAAUUCAGAGAAUUAUGAAGUCAGGCGCUUUGAGGAUGCUAUCUUAAAAUAUCAGACCUCAGAGUGGAAGACAAAUGCCUCUCUGGCCCUGCUAAAUCAAACCCAAAACUUGAUCAUAGGCGCUGGCCUGCUCGCUGGAUCUCUGCUCUGUGCAUACUUUGUCACAGUGGACCAGUUCCAGGUUGGGGACUAUGUUCUGUUUGGGACCUACAUUGUCCAGCUUUACAUGCCUCUCAACUGGUUCGGCACAUACUACAGGAUGAUCCAGGCUGCUUUUGUAGAUAUGGAGAACAUGCUUGAGCUCCUCACUGAAGAGAAGGAGGUGAAAGAUGAUAUGAAUGCAGUAGAUCUGCUUUGUACUGAAGGGAGAGUUGACUUCCGAAAUGUAUGUUUCAGGUACACUGCAGGGAAAGACAUUCUCAGAAAUAUAUCCUUCACAGUGAUGCCUGGACAAACUGUAGCACUGGUUGGACAGUCGGGGUCGGGCAAAAGCACCAUCAUCCGGCUGCUUUUCCGAUUUUAUGAUGUGCAAGAAGGCUCCAUCCUUGUUGAUGGUCAGGACAUCUCAAAGGUGAAACAGAGCACUCUCCGUUCUUACAUUGGGGUGGUCCCUCAGGAUACCGUUCUCUUUAAUGAUAACAUCCGGGAGAACAUCCGUUAUGGACGGAUCAGUGCCACUGACCAGGAAGUGGAAGAGGCUGCAUUGGCUGCUGACAUCCACCAUAAGAUCCUGUCCCUUCCAGAUGGAUAUGACACUCAGGUGGGCGAGAGGGGCCUCAAGCUAAGUGGGGGUGAGAAGCAGAGAGUGGCCAUCGCUCGCACCAUCCUCAAAGCCCCCAGAAUCAUCCUGCUGGACGAGGCCACUUCUGCUUUAGACACACAAACAGAGCGCAACAUCCAGGCCUCGCUUACCAGAGUGUGUGCCAGCAGGACGACUAUUGUGGUGGCACACAGGUUAUCCACUAUAAUUGCAUCGGACCUGAUUCUGGUUCUGCAUGAAGGCCAGAUUGUGGAGCGUGGAAGGCACGAGGAGCUGCUGGCCGUGCACGGACUGUACUCAGCCAUGUGGCAAAAACAGCAACAGCAACAGGAUCUAGAACCAAGUGCUUCCUCAGAUACAGAACCAAAUGAGCAGCAAGGUGGAGAAUGACUGAAGUCCAGGUAAAAGUGAAGGAGCCAAAGAUACAAAACAUGUCGAGUGGCCUUGGGCAGAAGAAAAUAUUCAAGGAAGUUUCUUGAUAAGCAUUUACUGCUUAACAGUUAUUGUGCCAAGCUGUUACUUUCUAGUUUAAAUCCUUAUAACAUGCUGACUGUAAAUGUGAAGACAUUUACAUUAAGAAAACACAAAACUGUACCAUGGCCGUGCUUUGAGAUCUGUGCAUUCUCAGGGAGCCUAUUUGAUUAUUUCAACUGGUGCCAUCAAUGGUGUACCUGUGAAUUGCCAGUGAGCAACCAUUUUACAUCUGUCUGCAAAAUUGACUUGUGAGAGGUGAGGUACAAUCUAGACAGGGAUUUGUUUGCCUUGUGGAAAGUAACUGAAGUACCUACAGUGUCACUAGAAAGUUUGUGAACCCUUUGCAAUUUUCUGUAUUUCUGCAUAAAUUUGACCUGAAAUGCGAUCUAAAGUCCUAAAACUAGAUGAAGAGAACCCUGUUCAACAAAUGACACAAAAACAUAUUAGUUUUUACAUUUAUUUGUUGAACAAACUUAUCCAACAUUAAAUAUCUCUGUUGGAAAAGGUAUGUGAACCUUUGCUUUCAGUAACUGGUGUGACCCCCUUGAGCAGCAACAACUUCAACCCCCAAACCAUGAUACUGCCACCCUAUGCUUCACGGUUGGGAUGAGGUUCUUAUGUUGGAAUGUAGUGUUUGUUUUUUGCCAAACAUAACGCUUUUCAUUUUAAAGAAAAAAGUUCUAUUUUGGAUUCAUCUGUCCACAGAACAUUCUUCCAGUAGGCGUCUUGCUUAUUGAUGUGGUCUGAAACUUCAGACAGGCAGCAAUGUUCUUUUUGGAGAGUAGUGGCUUCCUCCUUGCUAUCCUGCCAUGCGCCCAAUUCUUGUUCAGUGUUUGCUUGAUAGUAGGCUCAUGAACAUUGACAUUACUCAAUGCAAAAGUGGCCUGUAGGUCCUUAGAUGUUACCCUUGGGUUCUUUGUGACCUACCAUAAUAUUAUUCACCACACCCUCGGAGUGAUUAUUGUUGGACGACCACUACUGUGUAACAGUGGUGCUAAAUUUCCUCCAUUUGUAUAUCAUCUGCCUCACAGUGGAUUGGUGGAGGCCAAACUCUUUAGAAAUGGUUUUGUAACCUUUUCCAGCCUUGUGAACUCUUUUUUUUUUUUUUCUUUUUUUUUUUCUUUUUUUCCCCUGAGGUCCUCAGGAAUCUGCUUUGAUUAAGGCAUGGAACACUUCCAUAAACCUGUGUGGUGAAACCCAGACUUUGAUAGUGAAGACCCAAGUUUAUGUUCUUGGAACAUGGGAGGGUCUGCUAAACCCACGCCUGAUUGCCGUCCACUUGAUUGAAACUUCUGACUUCAAUUACCCCUUUAAAUGAGCUCAUACUCUAAGAGGUUAACAUACUUUUCCCAACAAAUAUUUAAUGUUGGACAAUUUUGCUCAAUAAAUAAAUGUAAAAACCGUAAUGGUUUUGCGUUAUUUGUUUAACUGGGUUCUCUUUAUCUAGUUUUAGGACUUAGAUGAAGAUUUUACUACAUUUCAUAUCAAAUUUAUGCAGAAAUACAGAAAAUUCUAAAGUGUUCACAAACUUUCCAGCAGCACUGUACUUUAAGGAGAUGAAUAGGAAAAAGGGACACGAUUAUUGAUUGACAGAAUUUAUAAGGAAAUCAGUGUUUUUAUAGACUUUGUUUUACUCAUGUUUGUCAAUGCUGCUGAUGUAAUAAAACUCAGAUGUAUUGUUUAUAAGACACUCAAUUGAAAUAAAUAC